AUGCAUAUCAUCAAGCCGGUCUGGCUCACCCAUGGAGGUGAACGCAAAGACUUCGAAGUUUACAGCUGCGAUGUCUCGCCAGAUGGAAAGCGACUAGUCACAGCUGCUGGAGAUGGAUAUGUGCGAAUCUGGUCAACGGAGGCCAUUUACGGCACCGGAACUGCUGAACUCGAGGGCAAGCCAAAGCAACUGGCCUCCAUGAGCAACCAUUCGGGCACGAUCCACACCGUUCGAUUCUCACCCAACGGGAAAUACCUUGCGUCGGGCGCAGAUGACAAGAUUGUCUGCGUGUAUACCCUCGAUGCUAAUCCUCCAACACACUCGUCAACAUUCGGCACGGACGAAGCACCGCCUGUCGAGAAUUGGCGUACGAUUCGGCGGUUGAUCGGUCACGAUAAUGAUGUCCAGGAUCUCGGAUGGUCGUUCGACUCGUCGAUACUGGUAUCGGUUGGGCUGGAUUCCAAGGUCGUGGUGUGGUCUGGCCACUCGUUCGAAAAGCUGAAGACGAUAGCGAUCCACCAAAGUCACGUUAAAGGAAUCACCUUCGAUCCAGCGAACAAAUAUUUCGCGACGGCCAGCGAUGAUCGGACAGUCCGCAUCUUUCGAUUCACCUCUCCUGCCCCCAACCACUCGGCCCACGAUCAGAUGAACAAUUUCGUCCUUGAACAAACAAUCACAGCCCCAUUUGCCAACUCGCCGCUGACGGCCUAUUUCCGUCGCUGCUCUUGGUCGCCGGAUGGGAUGCACAUUGCAGCUGCAAAUGCUGUGAACGGUCCUGUCAGCUCUGUCGCCAUCAUCAAUCGUGGAUCGUGGGAUGGUGAUAUCAAUCUGAUCGGACACGAGGCACCAGUAGAAGUCUGCUCGUUCUCUCCACGCCUGUACGCAACCGAGCCUCCCAAUAAGAAGCAAGCUGAUGGGCAGCCUGUACCCCAACACCACAUUACGGUCAUUGCCUGCGCCGGUGGGGACAAAUCCUUGAGUAUCUGGAUCACGAGUAAUGCUCGACCGAUCGUGGUUGCGCAGGAGAUGGCUGCCAAGGCUAUCUCAGAUUUGGCGUGGACUCCUGACGGGAAGUGUCUAUUUGCCACUGCUCUGGAUGGCACAAUCCUGGCAGUCCGGUUUGAAGACGGGGAACUAGGAUGGGCCACAGAGAUGGAGGAGAACGAGAAGUCACUCACAAAAUUCGGCACUAAUCGAAGGGGUGCCGGCAUCACGGAAACAACGGACAGCUUGCUGCUGGAGGAAAAGAGCAAGGCUGGUGAGAUCAAGCACGUAGAAGGAAGAAUGGGUGCACUGAUGGGCGACGGCGCCGAGCCCAAGGCGAACGGAGAGAAGGCACCACAGCCAUCAAAUGGGGCAACACCUGCUCGAGUUUCUCCACCAGCUCCUGACACACCCAAAACACAAGCAAACGGAACUCCUACCACGCCUGCCAUCCCAGAAGCCGAGAAACCCGAUCCUUACAAAGCCAAGCUGGAAAGACUGAAGCAGCGCCCCACGUACACAAAGGAGGGGAAAAAGCGUAUCGCACCACUGCUUGUUUCCGGAGCUGGAGCUGGAGAGUCCUCUCUCCCACAAUCCCGCCUGAUGCAGUCCAUCAGCAGCCAGGUCAAGGCUGACGCUCCCACCACCAUCCUUGAUUUGUCAAAACCAUUCGAUGGCCUGCCGAAGGGUGGCUUGACUGCUCUUCUUCUUGGAAAUAAACGCAAGCUGGCCCAGAUCGAGGGUGACGAAGACGGCAGCGUUGAAAGACGUGUGGCACUUGCCAGCCAGAACGGUGCCACCCCCAUCAUGGCCAACACCCCCGACGGCCUCCUGCCAGCCCAAGUUCAACCCGCCACGGUUGGCCAACUGCCGACUCCGGAGUUCAUUCGUCCUGCGGUGAUAAAUCCUUGCAUGAGCAUCAGCCCACUCCGUCUAGCAGUCCCCAAAAUCCGCACCCACAUCGUUCGCGCGUUGGACGCAGCUGGCAAGCCGACUGAACUACCUGCCCCUGGCGCCGACUCAACCUCUCCGAAAAGUCGCGUGGACGUCAUUUUCGAAGCUCGAAACCCUUCAGCAGCAAGCUUGACUGGUCGCGCUGGGGACCGGGAGCCGGUACGUCUGACUUUGUUCCGCGGAGACCAGCCUUUGUGGCAGGAUUUCUUGCCGCGGAAUGUUCUUCUUGUGACUGGUAAUCAAUGCAUCUGGGCAGCUGCCUGCGAGGAUGGAUCAAUCUACCUUUGGACCCCGGCCGGCCGUCGUCUCGUCAGUGCGCUUGUUCUCGAGGCACAGCCUGUUAUCUUGGAGUGCAACGGACCGUGGCUCCUGUGCAUCAACUCUGUGGGCAUGUGCUAUGUCUGGAAUCCGGCCCUGGAUGCUGCUGUCCAUGCACUCGGUGGGAGCCUCACCACCGCUCCUGCAGUGACCGAGGCACGCAUCAACUCAGAGGGCAGAAUCGUCGUUUCGCUGUCCAACGGCGAAGGAUACUCCUACUCCCCUGCUAUGUUCACGUGGCAGCGUGUUUCGGAAUCCUGGUGGGCUGUCGGUAGCCAGUACUGGAAUACCACAGAUGCCCCAGUGAGCAACUUGCAAGCCAAGGAUGCCCAACAGGAUAACAAGGAUGCCAAAGCGGCCGUCGCAGCCGGCAUCAUUCCAUGGUUGGAACGAAACACCACAAAUGAGUUCCUCCUUCGUGGCAGAGCAUACUUCCUCCAGCGUCUUAUCAAGGUUCUGUUAUCACGCGAAGGAUAUGAGACGUUCGAGUCCACUGUUUCUAUCGCUCAUCUCGAGAACCGUCUUGCCGCUGCUUUGUCUCUGGGCGCCAAGGAAGAGUUCCGGUUGUACCUAAACAUGUACGCCAAGCGCAUCGGUGCCGAGGGCUUGAAGCUCAAGGUUGAGGAGCUGUUGAAGAGUCUAAUUGGCGGUCUGUUCGAGGACGAGGAUGAUGUCAGCGAGGCAGUCUCGAAAUUGCAGGCCAACGAGCGCGAGGGUCGUAAUUGGCGUGAAGGAUCCGAUGAUCUGUGUGGCUGGCCACGGGAGACCUUGCUGAAGGAGGUUAUCCUUGCACUUGGUAAACAUCGGGACCUGCAACGGGUGACCGUGCCUUAUGCCAAGCUGUUGGACAUGGUCGACGCUGUCUCCGAACAGGGCGACGCAAUGGACCUCUAA